AUGAUUGAUGAGAAGCUAUCCUAUCGCGAACACCUCGAAAGUGCAUGCAAGAAAGCCAGCAAGACCGUAUCCAGCCUAUCAAGGAUCCUGGCCAACUCGAUAGGACCACGAACCAGGAAAAGCCGAGUCCUGCUUGAGCACUCUGUACUGCUUUAUGGAGCAGAAAUAUGGGCGGACGUCCUGAAGCAGAAAACAUAUCGACGAAAAGUAGCAGCGGUGCAGCGGAGAGGCGCUCUCAGGGUUGCCUGCGCAUACCGCACCGUCUCCGAAGCAGCAGUACUGGUGAUUGCAGGAGCUGCGCCUAUCGACUUAUUGGCGUUUGAGAGAGCCAAGCUCUACGACGCUAAAGGAAAUGGUGACAACUCCACGGAGGCAAAAACAAGAAUAAAAAACGAGACGCAACAAGAGUGGCAGAACCGAUGGACGUCGGGGGAGACAGGCAGAUGGACGGAGUGCCUCAUUCCGAUCUCGAUGUCUGGGUCUCUCGGAAGCACGGGGACACGGACUUCUUCCGGACUUCUUCCUGACCCAGUUAUUGACGGGACACGGGCAGUUCAAUGCUUAUCUUUUCAAGAUGGGCCAGCACACCACACCGACGUGCAAAUACUGCCCUGA